AUGUUUCGACGCACCGUGGCGGCGCUGCGUGUCAGCCCCUACUCCCUCUUCCUAAAGGAACUAUCGAAGAAAAAGGAACUGACGGGGAUGCCGUUGAAAGAUACCGCAGCUAUUGCUGCCCGCAUGUACCGCGCCCUUCCACCCAAGAAGAUGCAGGCACUUAGGGCGCGUGCUGUGAAGAUGAAUUACCCUGCACUGGAUUCUUUCAACCGCUUCCAACGGCGGCAAGCGUUUCGCUUCACGCACCUCAGCAACUUGCAGCGCCAGCGCAUCAUUGGGAUGAUGUGGAAAGAGCUGAAGAAAAAGGCGAUGCAGGCGAAGAAGCGAGGCCAAAAGUCUCUCAAGACGGUUAAAAAGACAACUAAGCGAAAGGAGGAGGCGCUGGAUGUGGCUGCAAAGAAGAAGGCGGCUCUGAAGCGCAAGGCGGCUCUGAAGCACAAGACGGCUCUGAAGCGCAAGGCGGCUUUGAAGCGCAAGACGGCUCUGAAGCGCAAGGCGGCUUUGAAGCGCAAGACGGCUCUGAAGCGCAAGACGGCUCUGAAGCGCAAGGCGGCGGCAAAGCUUGCGGUGGCAUAG